UGGACGAAGGAAAGAGAAGUUGUCCUGCCAGCCUCAGGAUCCUGACGGGUGUGUGUGAGAGUGCAGACUAAGAAUCGUCCAGCAUCUAUACCAAUAAACUGAUCAGGUUUAUGAGUGAGUGUUGAUAGUAGUUUUCAGCAGUACACCAGCCAUGACUGACCAGGAGACUCCUGAGAAUACGGCCACGCCGGCAACACCUGCUGCACCCCCUGUACGCCCUAAGAAGGCAUCUCAUCGUGGACGCAGUACUGGCCCAAUCGCCAGCUCCAACAAUGAAUCUGAAGAGAUCCCAGAGUUUGAGCCUUUCGGGCCUCUGGUUAGAGGUCUUCCACGUCUUACUGAUUAUCUAGACAUCUGGAAUGUUAACCUGCUCAAACUGCCCAAUGAGGAGAACAAGCAGAGGCAUCACACACACCUCUAUGCCAGUGAUAACCUGAUUGUACGCCGAGCACAGGAGUUCCGCAUCAAAAUCACCUUUAACCGUCCUUUCAAGCCUGAAAAGGACAAGUUUGCUGUUGAGUUUGUUAUCGGUGUUGGCGCACAGUACAGUAAAGGUACCUACAUCCCCGUUUUCCCAACUGCGGACCGGCAGAGUGUGUGGCGUGGUCAGAUCCUAGACAGCUCAGACAAUGUUGUCACCAUGGGCAUCACCCCUGCUCCCAACUGCAUUGUUGGACAGUACAGGGUGUACGUUGCUGUGAUCACUCCAUUUGGCAUUCGGAGGACUAACCGGGACCCAUCACUGGACACGUAUAUAAUCUUCAACCCCUGGUCACGAGGUGAUACUGUGUUCCUUGAUGAUGAGGAAGAGAGAGAGGAGUGCGUAUUGAAUGAAUUGGGCAUCAUCUAUCAUGGUACAUAUGAUGAUGUGUCUGAACGUUCCUGGAACUAUGGACAGUUUGAGUUUGGCAUUCUGGAUGCAUGUCUGUUCAUCUUGGAUAAAGCUGAAAUGCCCCUCACUAACCGGGGAGAUCCUAUCAAAAUCAGCAGGAAGGCCUCUGCAAUGGUGAACUCACGUGAUGAUAAUGGCGUGCUGGUGGGAAAUUGGAGUGGUGAUUACCUAUAUGGUGUGGCUCCCACCUCCUGGACAGGCAGUGUGGAGAUCUUGCUGGACUACGCUGGAAGCAGAGGACAGCCAGUCGGUUAUGCUCAAUGCUGGGUCUAUGCUGCUGUGUUUAAUACUUUUUUACGCUGUCUGGGUAUCCCUAGUAGAGUGGUCACUAACUACUUCUCUGCCCACGACAACAAUGGAAACCUGAAGAUGGACAUCAUACUAGAUGAAAAUGGGAGAGUGGACAGAAACCGCACCAAGGACUCUAUCUGGAAUUAUCAUUGUUGGAAUGAGUGCUACAUGGCCAGACCUGAUCUCCCUGAUGGCUUCGGAGGCUGGCAGGUUGUGGAUGCUACACCUCAGGAGACCAGUGAUGGAUUGUACCGGUGUGGACCUGCAUCUGUGGCUGCCAUUAAACAUGGCCAGGUCUGCUAUCCUUUUGAUGCCUCAUUUGUGUUUGCAGAGGUGAACAGUGACUUGGUGUACUACUCUAGACGUAAUGAUGGCACACUGGACCCAGUGAAGGUGACCACCGACUAUGUGGGCCGCAUGAUACUGACCAAAGCAGUGCUGGAUAAUGGACGGAGAGACAUCAUUUACAAUUACAAGUUCCCUGAGGGCACUGCAGAGGAACGCAGAGUUCUGGAGAAAGCGGAGGAGUUUGGCUGUCAGCGGGAGCAGGCUUCUGUGCCUCAGGCAGACGUGGAGGUAGAGAUCCUUCCUCUGGAGGUGCAGUGGGGUGAAGAUUUUGACCUGGAGUUGCAGUUCACCAACCGCAGCAGUCAGCACCGUGUGGUGAACAUCUACAUCAGUGGUAAUGUGGUCUACUACACAGGAGUGCCGAGUGCUGAGGUCAUCUUUGAGACACCGGUCGUGAAACUGGGGCCACAGCAGAGUAAAAAGGAAAAAAUUGUGGUGCGCAGUAAGGACUAUCAGAGUAAGCUGGUGGAACAGGGGAACCUGAACUUCAUCGCUACAGGGAAAGUGGAAGAGACGGGUCGAAUCAUAACCGCCAUGAGGGUUGUCUAUGUGCGCAAUCCCAAACUCACUGUGAAGGUGACUGGUUCUCUCAGAGUGGCUGAAGAGAUAUAUGUAACAGUGGAGUUCACCAACCCCUUCAAAUUCAGUUUGGAAAAUGUGUAUGUGCGUAUAGAGGGGCCUGGCAUCGUGCCAAUUAAUACUAAACAGUACAGCUUAAUUGGCCCAGGCAGCUCUAUAAUAUGGAGUGAGCGUUUCAGUCCUCGAAGAGCAGGAACCACCAAACUGAUAGCCAGCCUGGACUGUGCUGCUCUCCGGCAGGUGUAUGGGGAGGUGGAGGUCACCAUCCAGCCAUGAGAGAGAGAGAGAGAGAGAGAGAAAAGGAAAGAAAUAAUAUUACAGAAAUUCCAUAGGUCAGUCUCUAUAAUGUUAAUGCUGACUGAAGAAAGAAAAUCAGUUAUAUACUUUUAAACAAUGUCUUGGACAAGCAUCAUGUUACCUUAUUUACCAUUUUACAAUUUUGUUUAAAUGAAUGUCAACAUAAUCGAGACCUGAUUCUUAAAUAAAGAGCAUUUGAAAAAC